AUGGCUGGUGGCAAACCUGGAAAGGACUCGGGAAAGGCCAAGACAAAGGCGAUUUCCCACUCGCAGCGAGCCGGCUUGCAGUUCCCUGUGGGUGAUACCCAUCGACACCGGAAAUCUAGGACAACCAGCCAUGGACGUGUGGGCGCCACUGCCGCUGUGUACAGCGCUGCCAACCUGGAGUACCUCACCGCACAGGUACUUGAAUUGGCAGGAAAUGCCUCAAAAGACUUGAAGGUAAAACGUAUCACACCCCGUCACUUGCAACUUGCUAUUCGUGGAGAUGAAGAAUUGGACUCUCUGAUCAAGGUUACAAUUGCUGGUGGUGAUGUCAUUCCACACAUCCACAAAUCUCUCAUUGGGAAGAAAAGACAACAGAAGACUGUCUAAAGGAUGCCUGGAUUCCUCAUUAUCUCAGGGCUCUAAGUACUAUUAAUAGCUGUCCAGUGUUGGUGAUUCCAGUGGACUGUAUCUCUGUGAAA